GCCGCAAGUUUUUUCUCUUCAAGGGUUUGGUGAGUAGAGGUGAACGAUCUUGCGGAACAGAUAGUAGUUGUUUUGCUCUGGUUAUUUUUCUCACUACCCAUCCACCGCAAGAGACCUUGGCCUGUGGACAUUUGUAAUUACAAAAGUAUUGGUUCAACAAGUUGCCUACUAGCGUCCUGGCUUGAUGAGGAUGGCAGAAGAACCUGCGACAAGAGAGCCGGAGAUGUCUGACGCUGGCUCGGACGAAGAGCUGGAGCUUCCCGCACCGAUGAUGGAGCAGGGGAGUCACGACGGGAGUAUCAGAAAGGGUUGUGAUCCUUGUUCCCAGACCCAACGCAGUAAGCUGCAGCACCGUAGAGCUCGUAUCAACCAGCAGAUAAACAAGGAGAUGAGGAUGAGGGCCGGGGCUGAAAACCUCUUCAGAGCCACCACUAACAACAAAGUGAAGGAGACUGUGGCUCUAGAGCUGAGCUUUGUCAACUCCAACCUGCAGCUACUGAAGGAAGAACUAGAGGAGCUCAACAGCAGUAUGGAGGUCUAUCAGACAGAGAGUGAAGCCAUCAAUGUUCCCAUGAUCCCACUGGGUCUGAAGGAGACCAAGGAAGUAGACCUCACUGUUCCUCUCAAGGAAUAUAUCUGUGAGCACUACAGGGAGGACAGCUCUCUGUUUGAGAAAGAAAUCAAGGAGUUUAUGGAGCUCAGACAGGCCAUGCGUACCCCCAGUCGUAACGAGGCAGGUUUGGAGCUCCUGGUAGAGUAUUAUAACCAGCUGUACUAUCUGGACCAGAGGUUCUUCCCCCCACACAGAACACUAGGAGUCCACUUCCACUGGUAUGACUCUCUGACAGGUGUGCCGUCAUGCCAGCGUGCGUUGGCAUUUGAGAAGGGAAGUGUGCUGUUCAAUGUGGGAGCUCUCUACACACAGAUAGGAGCCAGACAGGACCGCUCUGCUGCAGCUGGCAUAGACAGGGCUAUAAACGCUUUCCAGAGAGCUGCAGGUGCAUUUAACUUCCUGAAGGAGAACUUUUCCAACGCUCCCAGUCUGGAUAUGAGCGGCCCGUCGCUAUGCAUGCUGGUCCGGCUGAUGAUCGCCCAAGUGCAGGAGUGUGUGUUCGAAAGGGUCACACUCACCACGCAGGACACACACUUCACCUCCCAGCUACAAGUGGCUCAAGAGGCUGCACGAGUAUCAGAUGUGUAUAGCUUGGUGCUCCAGACCAUGUCUCAGCCCUUAGUGAAGGACUAUGUCCCAUUCUCCUGGGCCUCCAUGGUUCAGGUGAAAGCAGAACACUUCAGAGCUCUCUCACACUACUAUGCUGCUGUCGCUCUCUGUGACCGCACACAGUCCAUUGAUGAAGAAGAUUGUGAUGAAGAGGGAGAGAAGGCUCUCCUCCAGCUCCAUGUCAGUAAUCCUGCUGGACCCCCACUCAGCCAGGUGCUCAGAGACCCCGAGGAGAGACGCAAACUGGGUAAGGCCCACCUGCGUCGUGCGUUGAUCAGACAUGAGGAAGCUAUGAGAGUACAUGGUCUAUGUAAGAUCUUAAGGAAGAUGGAUAUUCUACAGGAGGUGCUCUCCUUCGUGCACAAACGCUCUUUGGACAAAUACUCUGAGAUGGACCGAGAGGACGACUUCGACGAGACAGCAGAGGCUCCCGAGAUACACUCUCAAACCCAGCAGAAGCCUGAUAUAAUUCCACCCAAUUUCUCCACAGUCCAAGUCACUGACAUCUUCCGAAGGCUGGGUCCCUUGUCAGUGUUCUGUGCCCGGGCGCGCUGGGGGCCGGUGCGUUUGGUGUGUCUCCAGCGAGGGGAGGGGGGUCUGGGGCUAACUCUCAGAGGAGACUCUCCUGUUCUGGUGGCUGGAGUAGUGCCGGGGGGUUGUGCUGAGGAGGCAGGUCUGAGAGAGGGGGACUACAUAGUGGCGGUGGAUGGAGAGAACUGUAAGUGGGCUAAACAUGGAGAAGUGGUCCACAGCCUGAAGAGCUGCAGUGACCGAGGAGUGGAGCUCAGCGUCAUCACACUGCACACACACGACACACAGGUGGAGAGGAGGUCAGUGAUGCUCUCCCCCAGAGGAGACAAAGAGAACGCUUGCCAACGGCCCAUGGGUGGGGCUAAGGCCCAGAGCUCCGUCUCCUUACUCAACUGGAACAGGAAGAAAAACAGGGAAGGGGGAGGAGUCACCAAGAGACUGGGCAGCACCUUCAGUCUACCAUUUGGAAACCUGGGAGACGGUGAAUCCAUGUACUGAGAUAGAUGGAGGGCAAGCUGAAAUGGUGCUUGAUUCCAUACAGUGCACUUCCAGCCAAAAGUAGUGCACUAGGGAGUAGGGUGCCAUUUCAGACUGUGCUAUAGACCGACAAACCACUCAGGGAAUGGCAAAGGGAUAUGUUCCAAUACAAGGAUGAGUUGUAUAUGACUGGAUACUCCUAGAUAUUGUAAUGCAUUAUUGCAGCAAUUGCAAGGAACAUUCCGAAUAGGAGAAUUGUACGAAGAGAAGAGGGAUGCUAUGUCCAGAUGCCCAGGGAAACUACAGUGGUUUUAGAAAGCACCCAACUGCAGGUACAGUGCCUUGCGAAAGUAUUCGGCCCCCUUGAACUUUGCGACCUUUUGCCACAUUUCAGGCUUC